AUGUCUGGAUCUUUGAAGGCAAGCUUAUCCAGCGAUGGUAACUUCGCGCAGCCUGAUAAAGAAAGAAAUACUGUUAAGCGUAAGAUUGCAUUGAUGGGAUAUCCAUGUGUAGGAAAAUCUUCUAUUACUAUGAGGUUCGUACAGGGACACUUCCCUGAUGCAUACGACACCACCAUUGAGGAUCUUCACAGCAAGACUCACCGUUUCAAUGGUAAGGAGUACAUUCUCCAAAUUACUGAUACUGCUGGACAACAGGAGUACUCCAUAUUCCCGAGAAGUUGUUCCGUUGGUAUUGACGGGUUCGUUCUUGUUUAUGCAAUUGACGAUGAGAGAUCAUUUGACAUAGUUCAAAGCAUUCGUGACAAGAUUGUAGAGAGUGUGGGUGACGAUAAGAUUCCCUGUCUGUUGGUAGGAAACAAGACUGAUUUGCAAUAUGCUUCUCGAGUCAUCCAGAAAGAUAGAGGAGAGAAGUUGGCAGCGUCAUGGAACGCUGGAUUCAUGGAAAUAUCCGCAAAAGACUGUGAUAAGGUUUCGGAAAUUUUCGAUAAAAUUCUAUACAGAAUCGAGGUUGCUCGCGGCAAUCUGGUGCCAAACAACAAGGGCAAAUGCACAAUUUCUUAA